AGUCUCUGCAUCAAUAUGAAUCAAAUAACUAAACUACUUAUUGUAUGCUUUAUAUUCGCCAAUAAAGCCGAAAAAAGUUCAAACAAAUUCAAUCUGCUGGUAAAAGUCGAUGAAGGGUUAGUAAAAGGACAUAUUGUAAAUACAACAAGCAGUGUCUUUAAUGCCUGGCAAGGAAUACCUUACGCUAAACCUCCAUUAAAUGAACUAAGGUUUAGGGAGCCAGAAGCUAUAGAGAAGUGGAAUAAUACUCUUAUUGCAAAUAUCAGUUGUAGCAAAUGUGUACAAUCAGAUGGAAGUGGAAGUGAGGAUUGCUUGUGUGUUGAAGUAUAUUCUCCCAUUAAUAAGAAAUGCCCAAAAGUAAUGCCUGUUAUGGUCUGGAUACACGGGGGAGCUUUCGUUGAUGGAGACGCUAACUUGAAUUCAACCAAUCCAGAAUAUAUAAUGAAGGAAUGUGUUAUAUUAGUUCAUUUACAAUAUAGACUUGGAUUAAUUGGUUUCCUUAGUAUGGGAAAUACUAAAGCUCCCGGAAACAAUGGCCUUAAAGAUCAAGCGUUAGCAUUGAAAUGGGUCAAAAAAAAUAUACGUUUUUUCAAUGGUGAUCAAAAUAAAAUAACAAUCUUUGGUGAAAGUGCUGGAGCAGCUUCUGUUUCGUACCAUAUAUUAUCGCCAAUGUCUAAAGGUUUAUUCCAUAAAGCUAUCUUGCAAAGCGGCACUAGCUUAUGCCAAUGGACCCUUACAAGAGGGAGUUCCUUAUUUGCUUUAAGUGUGGCCAUGAAACUAAAUAUAACUGUUACAAGUACGUCUGAACUUCUUGAUGAAUUUAGAAAAGUACCUGCCAAACAAUUACAUAAAGCAGCAUCAGUUAUUUCCGCAGAAAAAACUGUGGUUGGGAAUGCUUUGGGUGGUCUACCAAUAGGUCCGGUUAUUGAACCAUCUUUGGAAGGAGCUUUUUUGACUGGCAAAAGCCAGGAUAUGUUAUCAAAAGGAGAAUUCAACAGAGUGCCUACUAUUAUAGGUCAUAAUUCUUUAGAAGCUUUAGCCGCCUUUACAUCUGAAAAUAUACUUAUGAUGUAUGUAAAGAAAUACGAAUUAGAUAAGGCAGAAUUAACACCAGUAUCAAUGAAUGCCCAACCUGGUAAUAAAUUGAUUGCUGGAAGUAUGAUUUACAACAGGUAUUUUGGAGCAGGACCCAUGACCAUGAACCAUCUACCAGAGUUUAUUAGCCUUGACCAAUUUAAUAAAUGUAUAAUAAAAACAAUUCAAUUACAAGCUCGCUAUGCUGAUACAUAUUAUUAUGUUUUUUCCCACAUGGGACAAUUGGGAUAUCCUGGAAUAAGACCAUUUAAUGGAGUUGGACAUGGAGAAGAUGUAUCAUAUAUUUUUCCAAAUAAAUUACUUAAGAAUGUAGAUUAUGCAGAUAGUUUAACAAGUAGAAGAGUUAUAAGAAUGUGGACCAAUUUUGCAAUAUACGGAAAACCUACAAUCCGAUCUGAUAAAACCCUUGAAGGUAUGCGAUGGCCAAAAGUAUCCAGUACCGGUUUAAUACUACCCUACUUAAAUAUCAACACUACAAUGAAUGUAGCUUUGGAAGAUCUUAAAGAAGUUUUUUUUUAUGAUGUUUUAUAUAAGUUUUUUGGCCAAGGACCAUUCGAUUGUUACUAAUUUGUUCAUUUUAUUUAUAAAUAAGUGACUAGGAGUGUUUGAAAAUUGAUACCAAAGUUUUUACUUUAUAUUUUUGUAUUUUAAAUUAUGCAAUAAAUAUCUAGAUAAUAGC